AUGUUCAAAAUUAUUCCAGGUAUACAAUCAUACGAUUGGGGUAAGAUUGGUAGACAAUCUAAAGCUGCUACUUUCGCUGAAGUCUCGAUUCCUGGCUUCAAAAUAGAAGACAAGCCAUACGCUGAGCUAUGGAUGGGUACACACGAUCAAGCACCUGCCUAUCUAUCUAGUGAUCCCUCCACAAAACUCGCUGAGUUCCUCUCCCGCAAUCCAGAUCAAGUGGGGCAAAAAGUGAAGGACGCUUUCAAGGAAACGACUAGCGACGGUGGACUACCAUUCCUCUUUAAAGUUCUCGCUAUAGAGAAGGCCCUGAGUGUACAGGCUCACCCUAACAAGAAGUUAGCUGAACAGCUACACAAGGCCCGUCCGGAUGUUUAUAAAGAUUCAAAUCAUAAGCCAGAGAUGGCAAUUGCGCUUACUGAAUUUAAUGGUUUCUGUGGUUUCAGACCUAAAGACCAAAUUGUCAAUUUCUUAGAGAACGUAAAGGAGUUAAGAGCUUUCGUAGAAAACAAACACGUCAAUGAUCUCAAACAAGCCACCACAGACGAACAAACUAGAGGCGCGCUUAAAAACGUUUUCAGAAACAUCAUGUCUGCAUCUGAGAACAAAAUCGCUGAUCUCACAAAGGCUAUUGUGGAUAGAUAUUCCAAUCAAUCAGGAGAAGACGUCAGUGAUGAGAACGUCUAUCUUGUACGUCAACUCGUUUUAACGUUGAACGAGCAAUUCCCAGGUGAUAUUGGUAUAUUCUGUGCAUUCCUCCUUAACGUCGUACAUCUCAAGCCUGGAGAAAGUGUGUUCCUCAAAGCUGACGACCCACAUGCUUACAUUUCUGGUGAUAUCAUGGAAUGUAUGGCAACAUCAAACAAUGUCGUCAGAGCGGGGCUCACACCAAAGCUGAGAGAUGUUGAUACGUUGGUCAAUAUGCUGACAUAUGAAAGCGCUACGGCUGAUGCACAAUUAAUGGACACCAAAUCACUCGAUGGUGCAGCUGGUACGGUGGUAUAUGAUCCACCAAUUGAUGAAUUCAGCGUUGCGAGGGUUACACUCAGCAACGGUAAAUCAACAGAACACAGGGCAUUGAAUGGACCAAGCGUUAUUGUCGUUGUCAGUGGAUCAGGUUCAAUAGAGACUGAUAGCCAAACCGAAACAUUACGUAAAGGAGAAGUUUUAUUUGUAGGAGCUGACACACCAGCCGUAAUAAAAGCAUCUCCAGAUAUUGAAUUAUAUAGAGCAUUUGUAGAAGUCUAAAAAAUUUUAUUUUUGAAUGAAUCAGGCUGAUGAUGAUGCUAGAAGUCGACUCG